AUGGUGUGGUUUUUGGCCCCAACAAGGGUCUUGUGUACCCAGCAGUUGGCUUAUCUUUCAAAACACAUGCCUGCAGUCAGUAUGCGAGCGCUGACAGGGGAUGAUGGAGUUGACUGUUGGAGCAACCAAGCUAUCUGGAACAGGGCCCUCGAGGGCAUGAAAGUGGUUAUAUCUACUCAUGCUGUACUUGCGGAUGCGCUCACUCACGGGUUCAUAAAACUGAACCAACUAGCUCUCAUUGUUUUCGAUGAAGCUCAUCAUUGCAUGAAGUCACAUCCCGGGAACCGUAUAAUGCGUGACUUCUAUCAUAAGGCCAAAUCAGAAAAUGUGGCCGUACCCAGCAUUCUCGGCUUGACAGCGGCAGUUGAUGUAGCAAAAAUUCGGUACGCUGAGUCCUACUGUGGUUCAGGGCAUCUCACCAACGAUUUUAUAAGGCAGCUUGAACAGAAUCUAGACGCUAGUUGUCGGGCCCCAUUGGUCGAGCAGCAAGAGCUGACCGCGUAUGAUUCGCAACGAAUUGUCACUAAGAUUGCCUACACUCAAAUCCAAGAUGACUCGGUAAAUCUGCCGUCAUAUUUGCACAAGCUGAGGAUACUCAUCGAAGCUCUGAAAGAACAAAAUGGCCGCACCGCCCCUACCGACUUAUUAAAGAUUCCUAGAAAGGCUCAUGCCAUUUGGGCCCAGCUAGGGAUCUGGGCUUUACGACACUACAUUUAUAUCAAAAUUCCAUAUGUGUCCCACUACAUCGCCGGACAUGAAGAAUGCCUCUCUGGCAGGGGAGCUGAUCCUGAAUCAACAGCUUUGAUUGCCUGUCUGCGAAGUGAUAUAGAAGGCCAUGUUCUCCAUUUGGUCGAACCUGGCAACAUCUCGAAUAAAGUCGAAGCGCUCAUAUCGUUUCUGCUGGAAAAAUUCAGCCCAGACUUCUCGGGGAUUAUUUUCGUUCGAGAGAGGAUUACUGCGUAUGUCCUAUCAGCGUUGCUUAAUGCUCAUCCAUUGACGCGAGAUCUAUAUCAAUGCGCACCCUGUGUGAGCAGCACGUCUGACUGUGAGUCUUGGGCCAAAAAUGAUGCUUGGAGUUUCGAAAAAACGGAGACUGUGGUUUCACACUUCCGCAGCGGCUUGAAAAACUUGAUCAUCGCAACCAGCGUCCUCGAGGAGGGUAUCGAUAUCCCCGCCUGCCGUCUUGUCAUUUCAUUUGAUAGCGCAGACAACAUGAUAGCUUUCAUUCAGCGCCGGGGUCGAGCACGACACCGCGUAUCGGAGUUUGCUUUGAUGGAGGCAAUAGGUGUGGAAUCCAUAUCUAUGCGGUCCAAGCUGUGGGGCGACCUUGAAAAGCAGCUGCAGGGAAUAUGUCGGGACUACGAACGAUGUGCGCAGGCGGUAGAAGUGGGCGAUGAGUACUCGAAAGAGACUCUUCUUUCGCUUAGAACACACACUGGGUUCGACUUCCCUUUCUUGAUUAUCGUUAUGGCCUUACUGACAAGCGAAAAUGCUAUAUCACAUUUGUAUCAUUUUUGCACAACUCUACGGAGUGGAAGACCUGGCAUAGAUCGUCCAGAAUUCUCAUACGAGAACGAUAGGGCAGAGCUUACUCGGUCAACGGUUUAUAUGCCGAGUGGCGUGGACCCUUCUUUGAGAAUCGUGAAAGGUCAUCACUGGUGGAAAACGAAGCGGGCUGCCCGUCAGGAUGCCGCAUUUCAAGCUGUCCUCGCCUUGCACAGUCAGGAUCUCAUCAACGACCAUAUCUUGCCACUGUUCUCUGACACCGCCGCGGCAGUGGAAGCGGUUCACGAGAGGGAAGUUCCUUCCGAGAUGCCUAUUAUGCCUACUAUUUCGAACUUGCAUGACUUUUGGAAGGAAGUUCCUGGGCACUGGAUGGAAAGAACAAUGUACAAAUGCCGCAUUGAUUUUGUCGAGAACGGAGAAAGCCGGCCAGAAUUAUCAUUAGCACUUCUGACACCUGUCAAGCUGCCCCGAACUGCGAAUCUGAAUCUUUACUGGGACGCCAAAACAACCCUCACUGCAAUUUUGCAGCCUCUGAACAUCGAAACGGCACUUGCUCCGUCCUUGAGGGCAAUGAUAAGGAGUAUAACGACUUUGCUUCUCCAAUCGUCACGCGUCCGUCCUCUGCAUAGCCAGUACCCCGACUAUUUCCCAUUCUUCAUCCCAGAUCUUCCUAUGCAGGAGCUAGAAGACUGGCUAUUCGUCAACCAAGGAUCUUUUAUCAUAGGCACAGAACAAACCAAAAUCCCGAUACUCUCCCCCUCGGGAUUCAUCCGCAGCCCCAGCCUUCGCUUUGCUCCUCAUAUUUUUGUGAGAUGGGUACGGGAACCAAAUACAAAAGAACUCUCCAUUGAAUGCCAGAAAUUUGGGAGAAGAAAAAACCUGUUGCAGCGAGCUUCAUUAUCUUCCAGAACAUCAUCGGAGCCAGGCGGCCUCAAAACGGCGUGCGUAGCUGCCACAGACUGCAUCAUUGAUUUCAUGCCUUGGGAGCUGAGUUUGGCUAGCCUUGCAAUUCCACCAAUUAUGCAGCUUCUGCAUCAAAACCUAAUGGCACAUAGCUUACGGAUGAAGGUUCUCAUAGAUCUCCCUAUGAUUGACUCCAGCUUACUUACAGAGGCUAUAACGACACCUGCUUCUCAAUGGCCAACUGAUUAUCAACGGCUAGAAUUUUUCGGUGACUCUAUCCUCAAGCUUGUGGUUGCUAGACACGCGUUCUAUAAAUAUCCACUGUGGCACGAAGGCUACCUGUCGAAAUUCAAGGACUUGCUAGUCUCAAAUCAGAAACUGACACAGGUAGCCGUUCAUGCUCAUCUCGAAAGGUUCAUCUGUGCGGAUUUCAUCACGUUGAAAUAUCUCAUGUUUUCGCCAGCCGCGGAUCGAAAGCAGAACAGAAGAUUUCCCAAAAAGACUUUCGCCGAUGUCCUUGAAGCGUUGACUGCAGCUGCCUACGAAAGUGGUGGGAUUCCGCUUUCGCAAGAGCUUCUUGCCAUUUUUCUCCCGGAAAUUGCGGACAUCUCAAGUGCACUUCAGAGCCCACAAUACGAGUACUAUUCGUUCUCCACGCACUUGGAUCAGAAGAUUGACCUACUGCUGGUCUUCAAGUUCAAGAACCGGGCUUUGAUUUGGGAAGCACUCACUCAUCCAUCAUGGCAAAGAGACAGCACAACGGGAUCCUAUCAGCGACUUGAGUUUCUGGGAGACGCGGUUCUCGAAUUUCUAGUGUCCAGAAACGUGCAUAAGUGGUGUCCAAAGCUUGACGAAGGCCGAAUGUCGGAGAUCCGCGCGGCUCUGGUAAAUGCAGACUUUUUAGCCUUUCUCUGUAUGGAACUCACCAUGCUCGAGACAGGCUGCCACGGCUCAAAGUCGAGGUCAGACCCGCCCGAAAUGAUGGCCGAACCGAAGAUUGUCUCCUUAUGGAUGUUUAUGCGUCAUGACUCCCCUGAUCUAAUCAAGGUUCAGGCUUUAUGCAGCACACGAUAUCAAUCCUUAGGCGGCCUGAUCAAAGACGAGUUGGAGGAACAUGUGUCAUAUCCGUGGGCAAAACUCGCUCAGCUAGGACCAUCCAAGUUCUACUCGGAUCUUAUCGAGAGCACGAUCGGAGCGAUUUAUGUCGAUAGCGGAGGUUGCCUAGAUACGUGCGAGCGCUUUCUGGAAAGGAUUAGUCUGUUAAAUUAUCUGGAGCGGUUUGCGGGGAAAGAGAUUCACCUCGAACACCCAACCAGCAAACUGCAUCGAAUUUCAGGGACACACACUCCACGAUAUGAAUUCCAGAAACAAGGCAAUGGCCUUCACAGCGCUUCUGUAUGGCUGGGAAGCGAGAGGAUUGCAUCAGUCGAAAAUUGCUCGACCAAGAACCAAGCUGUUGUGAUAGUUGCAGAUGCCGCGAGUAAAGUUCUCUCUGGAGCUUGA